UGAAUUAAAUCUACGGUUCAAGUUCUACGUCAUUUCUUACCAUCUUGUUAGAAGAGGAAAUUAUUUUCAAAGGCCUGUGUUCGGCUUUAGCCGCAAGGAAGGUUAUGCCCGACGAGGCUUUGCUCAACUUCUUAGUGGGCUUAAUAGUCUGUAUUGAGUUAUGGAGAAAGUUUUCCCUUACCCAACUUGUUGCCAACACCCAGUCUUGCCAUCUUGGGAAGCUCUUGAACAACGAUUUAUUGUCAUGGGUGACUUCCUAAUCACUUGUGUUAACUACACUUAGAUGCAUUUUGUUAUUCAAUGAUGCUGAAAAGCAACCUGAUGAGACUCUUUUCCGAAGCUCGUGUUGGAUCGUGCUUGGUUUCACUGCUUCAGUUUCGAGUGACUUUAAGGUUUAGAUUGCACCACAGUAACUGUUGUCCAUCUUCAUCUUAGCUGUACAUUGUUCACUUGAAUUCGUUGUUGUAUUCAGCAUCCUUCUGCUUUGCUGAAGUUGGCUGGAUUACUGAAUAUGUAAAUUCAUGUUGAUUUGUAUUUUUCAUGGAGAAGUGAGAAAAUUCUGCCAUCUGUUUCGUUUUACUUACUCAGAAAAGUGAAUAUCAAUCCUGCUUUACACCAUGAGCUGUCGUGUAUCGACUACGAACUUGGUUCAAAACAGAUUUUUGGCUGCACAAAGAAUGUGACUUCCUGUCUUUUGUGUUAGCUUUCUGGACAUAUUUACCAGUGUGACUGGGUGCUGGCCCUUGGUGAAAGAUUUACAAAACUGGUAUCUGCAAAAAGCAUCGGUUUCAUGCAUAAAAAUUCAGUCCUUUCAACAUCACCCUUCUCCAUACCAUAAGUACUUACUUUUUAAGUAUCAGAAGUGUUGAGCUUUAUUGAAAAUGGAAAGGUACAAGUUAAUAAAAGAAGUUGGUGAUGGAACUUUUGGAAGCGUCUGGCGGGCCAUAAAUAAACAGAGUGGUGAAGUGGUUGCAGUGAAGAAAAUGAAGAGGAGUUAUUAUACUUGGGAGGAAUGCAUGAAUUUACGUGAAGUUAAGUCCCUGCGAAGGAUGAACCAUCCCAAUAUUGUGAAGCUAAAGGAGGUUAUAAGAGAGAAUGAUAUACUAUAUUUCAUAUUCGAAUACAUGGAAUGCAAUCUUUACCAGCUUAUGAAGUAUAGGGGCAAGCUUUUCAUGGAAACUGAAAUUCGAAAUUGGUGUUAUCAAAUAUUCCAAGCACUUGCUUACAUGCAUCAGAGAGGUUACUUUCACAGAGAUCUCAAGCCUGAAAACCUAUUGGUCACCAAAGAGACUAUAAAGAUUGCUGAUUUUGGUCUUGCUCGUGAAUUGUGCUCACAACCACCAUACACAGAAUAUGUCUCCACACGCUGGUAUCGAGCACCAGAAGUUUUACUGCAGUCUUCUUUAUAUGAUGCAGCAGUUGAUAUAUGGGCGAUGGGCGCUAUAAUGGCUGAACUUUUCACUCUUAAUCCUCUUUUUCCUGGCUCGAAUGAAACAGACGAGAUUCACAAAAUCUGUAGUGUAAUUGGUAGCCCUGAUCAUGUCACCUGGGCUGAAGGCCUCCGACUUGCUGAUGCCUUGAAUUAUAGAUUUCCACAGGUUCCUUGUGCCAAUUUGUCAGAGUUAAUUCCCUCAGCAAGUGAGAAUGCAGUCAAUCUUAUUAAGUCUCUCUGCGCCUGGGAUCCCGCCAAAAGGCCAAAAGCAGCAGAAGUUCUUCAGCAUCCUUUUUUCCAGGGCUCCAUUUAUGUUCCUCCAUCUCUUCGUCCCAAAGUUCCAAACACUCCUCCAUCUGUUGGGAACAAAUGUUUGGUGGAGCAGAAGAGUAGCAGAAGGUAUUCAACAGGAGCUUUUUCAAGCAACAAGCCUGCAAGCAAUGUGCUGCGAGCUAAGAUAAAUUGCUCUCUCAAGUCAGGGGUGCAGCGAAAGCUCUCCAUGGAUCAGCAGGAGGCCGAUAAGAGUGGGAAAUUGAAGAACAGUCUUAAGCAGCCACGCUACCAGCCACCAGCAAAGCAAAAUCAUGCAGGGACCAUAACAAGCAAGAGGAUAGCAGACGAGGCGGGCUCAGUGGCCCCCCGCACCUUUGCUACACUGAGGAGGUCAUUGAGCAAGGCAUCAUCUUCAGAUGAGGAGGUGGCAGAAAAGCUAGCAAAGCUAAGCGUUAGAUGUGGUGGCAGUUGUCAAGCAGGAUCAGGAUCAAGAUUGGUUUCUGGUGGUGCAAGGCAUCCACCACCAUCAUUGAAGGCUGGGGGUUGGCAUGGCCACACUGAUUUCCUCACACGCUCAUACGAGGUACCCUCUGUAAGGCGCUAUUCUAGGAAGGUCGUUGGCUGAAUAAAAUGCCACCCCCCUCCCCCCACUAUCCCUCCCUGCUCGACUGAUUCUGCUCGUCUACUUUUGUUUGUCUUUAGAGGCUUCACUUGCUUCGCUUUUUUAACCAUAUUGUCUAAUGAUGUUUUAAUUUGGUCUGAAUACAACUGAUUCUCAAUUCUUGUAUUUUAAAUUUAAAUCUUUCGUUAACUUUUCUUGCAUUUAGU